AUGUCGAGCUCCCCCAGCAUGAUGGCUUCCCGCGCAGCAUCUCGCCAGAAGAGAGAGAAACCCCCCAAGGAUGCUGCGAUUUUCAAGAGAGAAAAGAUCAGGGGCCAGUUGCGAUAUCCGCCUUGUGAGGAGCGAGAUGAAGAGUUGGCCAGAAUCCACCGCGAAUUCCAGCUCUAUCCGAUGGGCGAGAUCGGGCUGUAUCCGCGCCACAUCCCGUACAACAGCGACAAAAAGUCAUUUCAGGACCGGACGGGACGUGAGAGCUUUGAAGUUUUGCAGUAUGAGUUCGUCAUCCCGGGCGAAGACAAGAAGUGGAUGGUGAUGUGGGACUACAACAUUGGGCUUGUUCGAACAACCCAUCUUUUCAAAUGCCAGGAUUACUCCAAGACAACACCGGCCAAAAUGCUCAACGCCAACCCUGGCCUUCGCGACAUCUGCCAUAGCAUCACGGGUGGUGCGCUUGCAGCACAAGGGUACUGGAUGCCUUUCGAAGCCGCCAAAGCAGUCGCAGCCACCUUCUGCUGGCGGAUCCGCCAUAUCCUCACGCCCGUCUUCGGCCUUGACUUCAUCGACAUGUGCAUCCACCCGACAGACCGUGCGCGAUACGGCCGCAUGAUCAUCCAUAAAUCCAUCGUGGACAAGUCCACGAAAAUGGCCAACUACUACCGCGCCCUCGAACUCCAAUCCCUCCCUCCGCAACAAUCACUCCUGACCUCGCGUCAUCCUCCAGACCUGUCAAAACCGUUCGAGAAGCAAAUCCUCCCGAAAUCCUUCGACCAUCCCCAUCUUGGCCACCGUCUUCGUCAUUCCUAUGCUGAUAGACUCGUGGGCUACGGCUCCUCCCCUGAAUAUACCUCCGGUGCUAGCACCUCCGAUAAGUACUGCAUGUCCCCGGUCAGCCCGAUCCGCAACACGUUCACGCCCGUGAACACGCCGCGUAGCGCAGACGUCAAGAUGGGGUGUUCGGGCACCGCGACCCCGCGAGACCUUCUCUGUUCGCUGCAGAACAUGUCUAGGAAGAGGGCUAUCGACGCCAGCGACGGCGAGAGCGGCAGCGGCAGCUCGGACGCCACGACGUCCUCGAACACAAUAUACACCUCAUCCACGACAAGCGCCAACACUUCCAGCGACUGUCCGUCAGAAAUAGACGACGACGCGGAUGCGGAUGCGGAUGCAGAUGAGGAUGUGGACAUGGAUGUCGAUAUCGACAUGGACGACGAGGAUGCCGAUGACGACUACCGAGACAGUUCCUACGACGACGAGGAUCCCUCCCAAUCCCCUGGUAAACGGGCCCGAGCAAGCCGCGUCGAAACGCGAUCUCGACGCAAUCCUAAGAAGUUGCUCCCUGCCGAGGUCAAGGCCGCGCAUGCCCUGCUCAGUUUGUAUAUGCAGGACGCGGCCGGUAGUGGUAGCGACGAGGAGGGUUUUAUGCGCUGGCAGCAGCAGCAGCAGCAACAGCAGAUUAGCGGACGGAAGAGACGGAGAGCGUCUGCUUGA